AUGUUUGAGCCUUGCAUAGAUGAUGACAAUCGUUGUUCAUCAAAUCUUAGUGUAUGCAUUGUUAAUAGCUGUUGUCCAACUUCAAUUUGCAUGCCAUUUGCACUAAAUCACUCAUGUACUGAUGAUCAAUCAAUGUCAUCAGUACCAACAGCACCAGGAUUAGAUUCACAAACAACCGAAGCACCAAAACCAUCAAGCCUAUAUUCAACAAUAUUGACAAGAUUAAUGUCGUCAACAUUCGGUUCAACAACACAAGAACCAGUAACAACACCAGUAUCAGGUUCGAAAACAUCGAUAGGACCAUCUUCCAUAUCACCAGCUGUGACUUCACGAUGUACAUGGUCAACCUGGGCUAAUGGUCAAUGCAGUGUCACAUGCGGUACAGGUGUAUAUACCAGACAACGUGUUUGCCUGAAUGCAAACAAUGGUGCUUGUAAUACUUGUGCACAGAACUCUACAAUUAACGGUACAAGACCAUGUUUCUUUCCAGACUGUUAA